AUGGCUCUUGAAAGACUUGCUAAGCUCGAACGUCCAAUUAAGUGGCUAGCUAAUGACCUUGAAAAUUCAACCAAUAAUGAUUAUCGUCGUGAUGGUGCUAAAAUUCAUGACAAGCUAUUAUCAAAUGAAGAAUUUAAAGUUGUAAAAGCUCUUGUUGAACUUUUAUGUCCAUUUGAUAAAGCCACAGAAAUUCUUUCCAGAUCAAAUUAUGCUACAUUGAGUAUAAUGGUUCCAAUAAUCGAAGAAUUAGUUCAUCGACUAAAUAAUACAGAUAGUGAUUUCAAUAUUAUAAAUGAGGUAAAAGAAGAAAUUUUAUCUAACCUGUCAAGUCGAUGGUCACUGCCACAUGAUUAUGGAAUGUAUGCGUCUUUACUUGAUCCUCGAUUCAAGAAUCUAUCUUUCUGUUCAAAUACGCUAAAACAGAGAACAAUUGAAGGGUUACGAAAUCAGUUCAAUGAAUUAAAAAGUAUAAGUCAAGCAGAAACUAAUACAAGUUUACCUAGAGAAGAGGCUGUAAAAAAAAAAAAUUCAGCAAUGAAGAGCUUUUUCUCUUCAGUCCAGCAGCAGCAUGAUGAAUUUGUAGAGCAAACCGAAAUUGAUAAAUAUCUUGCACUUCCUGAAAUUGAAACAACAGAAGAAAAUGACCUGGUAGUUUGGUGGAAGCAGCGAAGAUUAGAAUUCCCAAUUCUUUGCACACUUGCAAAAAAAUACCUUGCAAUUCCCGCUUCGUCUGUCCCUUCAGAACGCUUGUUCUCAGAUGCCGGCAACCAUGUAACUCUCAAACGAAACCGAUUAGACCCCUACCUCUUGCAUCAAUUGUUAUUUUUAAAACGAAAUCUUGCUUAUGUAGAUAUUUUUCCCCCAAUUAAAUAG